AUGAUGAGCUCAAAUUUCCUCGAGACCGUCGGCGACGGAGACGGAGCAGCGCGCUUUGGACGCAUGCCCGAUGACUGGAUGAACGGCAUCGAUGCUGCCGCCAUGCCCUUCUCCAGCCUGGACGCUUCAUACGAGACUUCUACAAACCCUCUUCAGUCUCCAGAGACGCCUAGUCUCGAUAACACCGUCUUCCCCUCCCCCCUGACAGACCUUGCCUACCUUGAUCGUUCCUUUGGAGACUUCUCCUCCAACUAUGCCAUCCAUCCUACAACGCCGGGACAAUUCCCCGUCCACCCGCCUCAUCGUACCUCAUCUAGCUUCUCUGAAGGCUACGAUCUGUCCUCUGCCAGUCCAUCCCUCGGUCCCGUGUGGCCCGCUCACGUCUCGCCGGCGGCGACGUUCCUCCCUACGCCGCCCAUGGCAGACGAGCUCUCGGCCGCUUCGUCCCCACCCGAGGAAGAUAACCAGGAUGAUGAUGACUACGACGAUGACUCGUCGGAGCCCGCGAGCAAGAAGCGCAAGCGUUCCACGGCAUCCAAGAUAACAAAAACAAGGGGUAGCAAAGACACACCCAAGCGCAACCCAACGCAGCUGCGCACCGCUUCUCGUGCUCCCAAGAAGCGUGGCGCUGCGGCUGCUCAGCCCAGACAUCCCAGCGAGACGUCUGAAGAAGUCAAGGCACGGGCUGCGCACAACCAGGUUGAGCAGCAAUACCGCAAGCGCCUCAACACCCACUUUGAGCGCCUCCUUUCUGUCCUGCCUCCACCAGGUACAGAAGGCGGCAUUGCCAAUGACCGCCGAGUGAGCAAAGCCGAAGUGCUUGAUCUUGCGCGCGAACGAAUUCGUGCGCUCGAGAAGCAAACGGCUAGACUUGAGAGGGAGAGGAGGGAGCUCCGAGGAAGAAUUGCUCCAGAUGGAAGACGGUGUAUGGUUUAG